GCUCCUCUGGGCCAAGGGAAAACAUGCUUUGCUGCUGCAGGAAUCAAGCCUGAAGGCACAACCUGGGGCUAAUCUGGUUCUCCGUCCUAGUAGCUAAGUGGUAGUUUUGUUCCUGCUUUUCCACCCGGGGAUUUCAAAAGGACAAUGGCAAAGCUCUUGCAAGUUCCUCCCAGGUUCUUUCCCUCAGAGUGGCACAUCGCUAACAAGACCCAGUAUGCCAGUGCAGAGUCUCAGAGAUCCAGGUCGGAGCGAGUUGUAGAGGAGAGCCAGAGGCUGGUGGACGAAAUCGAAAAAACAACUCAGAAAACCCAAAGCGACGUCAACAAGAAAAUAGAGCAGAGACUCGAAGAAAUAAAAUUCUGGAAGCAAGAAUUAGAUGACAAACUUGAGGAGCUUGUUAAUGAGACAGAGGUGUUGCUGACUUUUAAGACAAGGGUAGAGAAAGCUUUGGAGAGCUGCAGAGAACCCCUUUUCAUUGCUCAAGAGUGUCUCCUGAACAGGGAGAGGCGAGUUGGGAUUGACUUGGUCCAUGACGAAGUGGAACGGGAACUGAUAAAGGAAGUGGAAGUACUCCAAGGGGUUAUGGCCUUGCUUGAACGCACGCUGGAACAAAGCAAUGAGCAAAUUAGGCUAAACCGUUCAGCUAAAUACAACCUGGAAAUGGAUCUGAAAGACAAGUUCACCGCCUUGACAAUCGAUAACUAUUGCGCCGACUUGACAAACAACACCCCUGAUAUCAGAUACGCCAAAAAUGUAGUGAAGGUGGAAGGGAAUUCUGUGAGCCCUCAGGACUGGAUCGAUUUCUCAAACAUAAAUGUCGAAAAGGCCGACAAACAGAGGAACAACUCCUUGGCUCUGAGGGCUUUGAUCGACAGCAUCCUGUCCCAGACGGCCGGGGACUUGCGCAAGCAGUGCGACACAGUGAACGUUGCUUUCCGAAAUAGGGUGAAGGAGACCAAAGAUGCAAAGAGCAAACUGGAGACACACCUGGCAAAGGUGAUGGAUGAGAUAACAUCCCAGGAGAAGAACAUUGCAGCCUUAAAGAAAGCUAUUGCCGAUAAAGAAGGACCUGCUAAGGUGGCUCAGACCCGCUUGGAGGCCCGGACCCAUCGUCCGAACGUGGAGCUGUGUCGUGACAUGGUGCAAUACCGGCUGAUGAGUGAAGUUCAGGAGAUCACAAGCAAUAUUCAGAGAUUAAAGGACACAUGGGCACAGGCUGAGGCAGAGCUGAAGGGCCUGAGCCGCCGGCAGCUGUCCCUAGAGGAGGAGAUCCAGGUCAAGGAGAACACACUAUACAUCGAUGAAGUGCUCUGCAUGCAGAUGAGGGAGUCCAUUUCCAUCAACAACUUCUGAGACCCUGCCGUCAGCGAUAGCACACUGCACAGCGGGCCAGCGUCUGCUCAGAGAUGCUCCGGAGCAAGGCUGGAGCAACUCUGAGCUGUCCCUUACCAACUCAGGAUUUACCCCGGGGUAACUUUGACCAGAUCCCAGCCCUGUGUGCUCACAAGUGAAUUAAAAUGGACCUAAACUGUCCCCAGCUGCCCUUGUUCCAAAGAAUACCCGAGUUCCAGAGGCUCCCCGUUAAACAAUACAGUUAUGGAACAAAAGGAAAGCCCUGUUUUUACAGUCACCUGAUCUAUUUUGGGUGCUGCCAGCAUCACUUUUCAGCACUUACUGCUUUUUAAAUGCUGUGGCUAAAACAGAAGUUCCUACAUAAAGUCAUUCGUUUUGGCAGGGAUGCCAGCAAGCCUUAGAUGCGAUGGUUUUUCUGGUGGCUUGUGCAGUAGCCCAAUACCUGCUGGCCGAGUCAGCGUGACCUAAUGGAUGGCAUGCUGGGACCCAGGACACCCAGAUUCAAUUCCAGGCUCUGCCACUGGCCUGCCAGAUGACCUUGGGCAAGCUGCUUCCCAUCUCUGUGCCUCGGUUUCCCUUUUUGUAAAAUAGUGGUAAUAAUAGUGCUGUCCUUAGAGAUCUGUGAA